AUGGCACUCCUCAUCAAAUAUCAGGAUGCUUUUUCCAAAGAUCCUAAAGAUAUUGGUACAACCAAUCUGGUUGAGCAUACUAUUGAUACAGGCGAUGCGAGGCAUAUUCGUAUACCCCCUCGCCGUCUCCCAUUCUCCAAACUUAAAAUGGCAGAGGAGGAAAUUUUGGAAAUGGCAAAAAGAGAUAUCAUAGAACCUGGUUAUGGGCCUUGGAGUUUUCCAGUGGUAUUAAUUACCCAGCCCAAGCUGCGAUUCACGAUAGAUUACCGAGGCCUUAAUUUUCAGACUUCAAAGAUUCGUACCCCUUCCCCCGUAUAG